AUGAAGGCAAAUCGGUCAUUGUUAUUGAAAAACAAAACGGGUCAGGUGGGCCACACCGAGACAUAUAUUGAUCCUGCGACCGGCACCACAAUUGAUAUGGGGGUCCUGAUCUGGCACAACAUUACAGUUGUAAAGGACUACUUUAAACGAUUCGAUAUCCCAAUCACUAAUUCUGCUGGUUUCUUUCAAUCUGCGUUAAACUAUGAUUUUCGUACCGGAAAAGAAGUCACAACUCCAUCGGAAGCGGAGGUAUCCGCAGCCUUCGCAGCCAAUACGACACAGAAUUCCAAAUACCCCGGGUUGAACGAUGGGAUAUUCCUUCCAAGCCCUGUGCCCGAGGAGUUGUAUAUGCCUUUUGGUGAGUUUGUACAGAAGUAUGGACUUCAAGCGGCGGUUCCCACCAUGUUCAACUACAAUCCGGGUGUCGGAAAUAUACUGGCGAAUCCAACGCUUGAACAAUUCCGAUACUGCGGAUUGAAUACGGUGCGGUCCUUAUCGGCUGGCUUUCUGACUACGGCCCGGCAAAACAGCAGCGAGCCGUACUCCAGAGCCGAAAUAGAGUUGUCUUCGUCCUCAAGUCUUCUCCUUGAUUCCAAGGUCGCGUAUGCGGAUCGAGGCGAAGGAGGGGCAGGUAUCAAACUCGUUGUUCGUACACCCCAAGGCUACAAGCUUAUUCUCGCGAAGAAGCUCCUCAUUGCCAUACCCCCAAAGCUUGACUUCCUAGCCCCGAUGGACCUUAGCGACAAAGAAAAGAGAACUCUUUGGAAAGAUUCGGAGUACAACUUGCCUCCUCUCCCGGGAGUGUACAGCUUCGCCCCAUCUAGACUUCCCGGAUUGCAAAUGGUCGCCUACGCCACUCCGCAGAGUCCUAAAUCCUUUCCCCUGUCUAACGCGAUGGUGAAGGCGGACAUAAUAAGGACCGUCAAGAGACUUCAGAAGCAAAAUCCGGACAAGUUUGGCCAAACAGAUCCUGAAUUUGUUGAUUUUAGAUCGCAUGCCCCGUAUACUCUUCAAGUCAGUGCUGAGGAUAUUAAGGUCGGAUUUUAUGAGAAGCUGUAUGCGUUGCAAGGCCCAAGAAAUACGUACUGGACUGGCGCGGCAUUCAGGGGGGAAGAUAGUAGUUUACUCUGGAAGUACGUGGAGGAAAUAGUGGUGCCGCAAAUGCUUGCAGGUCCAUGA